AUGGCACCCACGUCUUCUACUUCUGAUCCAAUUAUUAAAAGUACUCAAGCAACCCUUUCUGUUGGAAAUAAUAUCAUUGAUUCAAAUCAUCCCUACAAUAUUCAUACCUCUGAUUAUCCAUGUAUGAAUCUCAUUUCAACAAUAUUUGAUGGGAAAAGCUAUGGUGAAUGGAGAAGGGAAAAAGCUGAAUCAGUGCUUUACUUCAAAAGUGCCAAAGAACUCUGGAGCGACCUAGAAAAUAGAUUUGUUCAGACAAAUGGUGCAAAAUUGUUUCAGUUAAAAAAGGAACUAAGUGAUGUGGUGCAAGGUAACUCUAGUUUAUCAGGCUAUUUCACUAAAAUUAAGAGUUUAUGGAAAGAACUAGAUGUGUUAAAGACUUUUUAUGUUUGUUCUUGUGUGUGCGGUUGUGGUGCUAAGGCAAAACAUCUGCAAGCCCAUAAAGAUGAAAGGUUGUUACAAUUCCUGAUGGGGCUGAAUGAGUCUUUUAUUGGAGUAAGGAGAAAUAUAUUGUUGUCAUCCCCUUUACCCUCUAUUCGUAAGGCUUAUUCCUUGGUUUUCCAAGAUGAAAAGCAACGAGAAAUCAAUACUUCUCCUAUCUAUCCAAGGGAUUCUACAUCUUUUAUCGCAAUAGAUCAAUCAGGCGUAAAUAGAAGCUAUCCCAGUUUCAAACCACCAAAGGGAUCUGUGGAAUCAAAGAAGAAUUCAAGCACAUGUGCCGAUUGUAGAAAGCCAGGUCAUAGAAUUGACAAAUGCUAUAGGAUUAAUGGAUUUCCUCCAGAUUUCAUGUUCACAAAGCAAAUGAAAUUCCAACCUUUGGCUAACAAUGGCUACCACGCUGAGGAUGAGGCUGAUCAAGGGGGUAAUGGGUUCUCAAAUGGAAAAACUCUAACUCAAGAGAACAUAGGAGAACUUUUGCAAUUACUUCAACAAUUAAAAACCCGGACAACAAAGUGA